AUGCUUUAUAUAGAACUUUACCAGCAAAUGCUAGCGAAGGCUCUAGCACAUUUCUUUGAGGCAAAGUUGUUGCUGUUAGAUGUCAAUGACUUUGUACUGAAGAUUCAGAGCAAAUAUGGUGUCAAUAAUGAUUCCUCCUUCAAAAGGUCCACCUCUGAGACUACUUUGGAGCGUCUUUCAGCUGGUACCUUGCGUCGCCAGGGAAGCGGAUUUGACAAUUUAAGGAAUAUAGAAGGUUCUUCUAGUUUUCCUAAGCUUCGUAGGAAUGCUUCUGCCUCUGCCAGUAUACAUGAUUUGCUUUUGCAAGCCGCUCCUACAAAUACAGUUUUGCUUUCUGUGUUUUGGAAUCAAAGGUCUCAAGGACAGCAGUUUGUUUAUUUAUGGUUGGCGGCUACUUUGUCCUUUGUUUUCGGGGGAGGAUGUGGUAAUGUGGGAGUUGGAGCUUCCAGAAUGGGGUUAAGCAAAAUCCCUGACAGUGCAUAUGAUGCUGUAUCAUGCCUGUAUUUCUUUCUCUUUUCCUGUGCUCAUGGUUACUUCUGUUCUUCAGCUCCCCUUAAGCGAACAAGCAGCUGGUCCAUUGAUGAAAAGCUACUCAUUCAAUCACUUUACAAGGUUAUGGUCUCUGUAUCUAGAACUUAUCCAAUCAUUUUGUAUCUAAGAGAUGUUGACAUGCUCUUGUUCAGAUCUCAGAAGCUAUACAGACUGUUCCAAAAAAUGUUACAGAAACUUUCAGGACCAGUACUCAUACUAGGUUCACGAAUAACACAUCCUAACAGCGAUGAUAAUGACAUUGAUGAUAUGAUUAUUGAUGUAUUUCCUUAUAAUAUUGAGAUUAAACCACCAGAAGAUGAAUCACGUCAAGUUAGCUGGAAAUCUCAAUUGGAGGUGGACCUGAAGAUGAUUCAGGGUCAGGACAACAGAAACCACAUUAUUGAAGUGCUAGCUGCAAACGAUGUCGAAUGUGAUGAUCUUGGCUCCAUUAAUGUGGAAGAUACCUUUGUUCUCAGCAGAUACAUUGAAGAAAUCGUUGUAUCAGCAAUUUCUUAUCAUUUGAUGAAUAAUAAGCAUGAAUAUAGGAAUGGGAAACUCCUGAUUUCAUUCCAGAGUUUAUCCCAUGGACUGAGCGUGUUUCAGGAACGUAAAUCAGCUGCCAAGGAUACAUUGAAGCCAGAAUCACGUGGCAGACCUUUAAAGGGAACACGUGGAGAUGUUAAGCCAGAAACUAAAGCUGAAGGUGCAGCUCCGAAAAACAAAGGUGGAGAAGAAGCAUCGGUACCAAUGUCAAAGGAUGCAGAUAAUGAGGCUGCAAGUCCAAAGGUCCCUGAAAUACCUCCUGACAAUGAGUUUGAGAGGAGGAUAAGGCCAGAGGUCAUUCCUGCAAACGAGAUUUCCGUGUCAUUUGCUGAUAUUGGAGCCCUGGAUGAAACCAAGGAAUCACUGCAGGAACUAGUAAUGCUUCCACUUCGUAGACCAGACUUGUUCAAGGGAGGACUUCUGAAACCCUGUCGAGGAAUUUUGCUUUUUGGGCCUCCUGGUACAGUCAAAACGAUGCUGGCCAAGGCUAUAGCCAAAGAGGCCGGAGCAAGUUUUAUUAAUGUAUCUAUGUCAACCAUCACAUCUAAAUGAUUUGGUGAAGAUGAAAAAAAUGUUAGGGGACUGUUCAGCCUUGCAUCUAAAGUUUCCCCAACAAUUAUAUUUGUAGAUGAAGUUGACAGUAUGCUUGGACAAAGGACCAGGGUUGGUGAGCAUGAAGCUAUGAGAAAGAUUAAAAACGAGUUUAUGACACAUUGGGAUGGACUUACAACUAAACAAGGUGAGAGAAUCCUUGUUCUUGCUGCAACCAAUAGGCCAUUUGACCUAGAUGAAGCGAUUAUACGACGUUUUGAAAGGAGGAUUAUGGUGGGGCUUCCAUCAGCGGAGAAUAGAGAGAAUAUCUUGAGAACUCUUUUAUCGAAAGAGAAAGUUGAAGAAGGACUAAAUUUCAAGGAGAUUGGAAUAAUGACAGAAGGAUAUAGCGGUAGUGAUCUUAAGAAUCUUUGUACGACUGCUGCAUAUCGACCUGUUAGGGAGUUGAUACAGCAAGAGAGAUUGAAAGAUAUGGUAAAAAAACAGGAAUCAGAAGAAGGCCAAAAUUCGGAUUCACAAAAGAAGGAAGGUGCUAAGGACAGAGUAAUUUCUCUGAGGCCUCUAAAUCUGGAGGAUUUUAGGCAGGCUAAGAACCAGGUUGCUGCUAGCUUUUCAUCCGGAGGAGCAAUUAUGAAUGAGCUGAAGCAGUGGAAUGAGCUUUAUGGGGAAGGAGGCACACGGAAGAAAGAGCAGCUUACAUACUUUUUGUGAAUGUGAACUUGGAAAAGUUGGUUCAUUACCUAGUUCCUUCUAUGGAAUCAGUGAUUAUCUGAACAAGGAAAUCAUUUUGCGACUUGUGUUCUUGAAUGCGGCACUGCUGAGGUACACUGAAAGCUGUGGUAGGGAAAAUGGUGAAAAGACCAUGAUGUAUCUUACUUCAACAUAGUUUAACCUUGCUUACCCUCAACUCCUCAAUUUUGAUGUCUAAAUAUGGGUGCAAUCUUCCUAGACCAGGCCACUCUUCAUGUUGUGCUGUUUCGUUUAAGGGACAUUGUUUGAAUUGUGACUGGCCAAUGCUGUGUAAUAAUUGUAAGAAAUUAACUGUGAUUUUGAACUCUACUUUAAUUACUGAUAUUCAUGAUAUUUACUUUCA